AUGGAUAACAGAAGAAGCAUGCCAUUUCUCUCUUUCCUCCUCUUCUUGAUCUUCUCUCUCAAGGCCGACCUCUCCUAUGGUUCAGAUUCCAUCACCUCAACUCAACAUCUUAGUUGGCCCCAUAACUUAACCUCCCAAGGUGGGACAUUUGAACUCGGUUUCUUCACACCAGGCAAAUCCCAAAAAUACUACAUAGGCAUCUGGUACAAACAACUCCCAGAACAAACAGUUGUCUGGGUAGCCAACAGAGAAGCACCCGUCUCAGACCCCUUCAAUUCAAUCCUAAAAAUCACAGAAGACGGCAAUCUAAUCCUCCUCAGCCCCUCAAAUUUGCUAAUCUGGUCCACCUAUAUAACAUCCAAGACGUUGAAUUCAACGGUUGCAGUCCUUCUAGACACUGGAAAUCUUGUUCUAAGAGAUUGGUCCGAUCCGUCUGUCGUGCACUGGCAGAGCUUUGGUCACCCAACCCAUACAUUGCUGCCUGGAGGGUGGUUUGGAUUGAACAAGGUUACAGGUGAAAGCCAACGUCUUACUUCGUGGAAGAACUCUGAAGAUCCAGCCCCUGGACCAUUCUCUCUCUCCAUAGACCCCGGCCGGAUCACUCAGUAUUAUGUCAAGUUGAAUGGGGAGAAAUUGCAAUUAUCCUCCCAAAUGGAAUCAAAUUAUUUACACGAUUUCAGCUUCAACGAAAGCGAACGGGAGGAGUACAUCACUUACUCGGUGAAAAAUGCUUCCACCCUUUCAAGAGUCGUGUUGAAUCUUACAGGACAGAUCAAGCAUCUUUCAUGGCGGAAAGACUACCAAGAAUGGGAUAUGUUCUGGUCGCUGCCGGUAUCUCAAUGCCGGGUUUAUAAUCUUUGUGGGACCUUCGGUAGCUGCAAUGAGAACAGCAUGUCCUGUACGUGCUUGCCUGGCUUCGAGCCGAAGUGUCUGAAGGAUUGGAAUUUGGGGAGUUGGUCCGACGGAUGCAUGCGGAAAACCAAUUUGGGAUGUGGGAAGUUUGAGUCGUUUGAUGGUGGGAAAGACAGUGAGAAAGAUGGGUUUUGGGCUUUGUCUGACAUGAAUCUUACUGACGGAAGGAGAUCGUUGGCAGCUGGGAGCAUCCAAGAUUGCGAAUUAGCUUGCUUGAAUGACUGUUCUUGCACUGCUUAUGCAUUCAAGAGCGGGUGUUUGAUAUGGAAUGGAGAUUUGGUGAAUCUCCAGCAGUUACCUGCUGGAAAUGUUGAAGGUAUGACUCUUCAUGUCCGUCUUGCAAGCUCCGAACUGAAGAUUUCAAACAGUCGGAAGGGGGCAAUUACACGGACUGUUGUAGUCGCAGUUGCGGUGGCUGUUUUUCUAUUGGGUAUUGUUCUGUUGUUUAUAUGGAGGCGCCAGCGGCAACAGGAUAUAGUACAUCCAGAUGCAGUUCAAGGCUCUUUGAUCUGGUUUAGUUACCAAAGUCUACAGAUUGCAACAAAGAAUUUCUCAGAGAAAUUGGGCGGCGGAGGUUUCGGUUCUGUUUUCAAAGGGACUCUGUCUGAUCUAACGACGGUGGCAGUGAAGAAGCUUGAAGGGCUUCAACAAGGAGAGAAGGAGUUCCGGACAGAGGUGAGUACGGUCGGAAUGAUCCAGCACGUUAAUCUCAUCCGCCUUCGUGGGUUUUGCUCGAAAAUGGCUAAAAGGCUGCUCGUAUAUGAUUACAUGCCGAAUGGGUCUUUGGAUUCUCAUCUGUUUGGUAAGAAUUCCAACGUCCUCGAUUGGCCAACGAGGUACAAGAUAGCAAUUGGGACGGCAAGAGGAAUAGCUUAUCUUCACGAGAAAUGCCGAAACUGUAUUAUACAUUGUGAUAUUAAGCCAGAAAACAUACUUCUGGAUUGUGAGUUCUGUCCGAAGGUGGCAGAUUUUGGCCUUGCGAAGCUUUUCGGGCGGGAAUUCAGUCGGGUUUUAACAACGAUGAGAGGAACAAGAGGCUAUCUUGCACCUGAAUGGAUUUCAGGUCUGGCAAUCACACCGAAAGCCGAUGUCUACAGCUAUGGGAUGAUGGUUUUUGAGAUCAUAUCAGGGAGGAGGAAUACCGAGCAGCUGGCAGUUGGGGAAACAGUGUUUUUCCCGAUUUGGGCUGUGGGUAAAAUCAUGAAAGGUGAAAUCCAUUGCUUGUUGGAUUACAGAUUGGAGGGAAAUGCGAAUAUGGAAGAGCUCAGUCGAGCCUGCAGAGUCGCAGGCUGGUGCAUUCAGGACAACGAGAGCGACAGGCCGUCGAUGGGGCAGAUUAUUCAAAUGUUGGAGGGUGUUUUAGAGGUGAACGUGCCACCCGUGCCGAGAUCACUUCAGAUUCUUACAGAAAAUGAGUCUUCGUCGUCUCAAGCGUGGAGCAUUGCUUCAACGAAUACGCGGUCCGAAAGCAUGUCGUCAGGAAGAUACAAGGAAACGGAUCAGCUAGGGAGCCAGCCACUAGCCAAUGGCUAG